AUGGCAAACCCUAGUUCAUGUCUCUCCCACGAUUUGGUAGUAGAAAUCUUGUUGAGAUCGCUGGUGAAAUCUCUUUUGCGUUUCAAAUGUGUGUGCAAGUCAUGGCUCGCACUGAUUUCUGAUCCCCAAUUCGCUAAAUCCCAAUUCGACCUAGCCGCCGCUGUCACCCACCGUGUUCUUCUCAAACCAGAUGUUUCAGUUUCUGAAAUUCAAUCUGUGGAUGUAGAAGCAUCGCUUUAUGAUGAUUCUGCUGUCGUAAACCUCAGACUACCUCCAAGACCCGUUAGAGGCCCAAAGUUUCAGAUAUUUGGUUAUUGCAGAGGGUUUGUAUUUCUUGCACAUGAAGUGUUUCGUGAUAUUACUGUAUGGAACCCAUCAACUGGUGCUCACAUGCAAAUUCCAAUAUACCCUUCUGGAUUAUGGAAUUGUUUUCUACAUGGUUUCUCAUUGAAAACCAAUGUAUUCUCCAUCGUUCCUGAUGUUGAUUUUCUGGGUUUUUAUUGUACUAUCGGACAUGAUUUCAAACCUGGGGUAUUGUUCAAUGAGUCGCUUCAUUGGUGGCUUUACACUCCUCUUACACACGGAUUUGUAGUUGUUGCCUUUGAUUUGAUACAUAGAAGUGUAUUUGAGAUCCCUCUUUUGCCUGAUUUGGCGAUGUCAUUGGCAACACCAAGGCCAUAUCAUUUGAACAUAAUGGACGGAUACCCGUGUCUUUGUUACCAAGGUAUUUGUGGUAUGGAUGAAGUUUUUGAGAUCUGGAUCAUGAAAGAGUAUAAAGUGGCGUCUUCUUGGACUAAAUCUUUUGUUCUACCGUUUACAAGUAUUGCAUACAGCCAGUUUUUAUCCUCAUGCUACACUAGAUGUGGUGAUAUUUUUGGAUCAAGUGGCUAUGGCGGAGAACUAAUGAAAUUGAAUUUUAAUGAUGACAAGGCACACAUUGUUGAGUAUCGCUCUUGUUUGCCAUUCCAAGGUUUUGUACAACAUUUUCAUUUUUACCGGGAGAGUCUAUUACCUCUACCACUACAUUGUAACUUCGAUGAAGCAAAGUAUAAAGAGAGGUAUAACCCCAAGAAGAGAAACAAGAAAGUAAACAAGAAGAAUUUCUGA